UGGGGGCCCGCGCGGGGAAGGGGUGAAGACCGACGAAGAUUACUGUUCCGUGCGAGGAUGCCGCGCUUCUUCGCGCCGCCUCGCCUGUGAACCUUGCCGCCAGAGACUGUGCAGCAGUCCGGGAUGUGAGGAGAGGGGGAAAACGCGCCAGCUGGCCGGGGAGACCCUCCUGUCUGUGCAGGGGAGCGGAUCGCCGGCGACAGAGCAUUGGCGAAGGGACCUUGGAGGGCGCGCGGAACCCCACAGCCCUGUGUGGCGCCCGAGCCCGCGCCGCCCGCUGAGCGGGGUCCCCGGGACUAGGGCUCAGUGGACAUGCCUGCCCCAGAGGAAGACAGCUGCAGCUGACGUCGCUUUUUAAGGAUCCUGCCUCUGCAGCUUUGUCUGGUUCAAAAUGGCAGAGAAGGCUCCACCAGGCUUAAAUAGGAAGACUUCAAGGUCGACGCUUUCUCUCCCUCCAGAACCUGUGGACAUUAUCAGAAGCAAAACGUGCUCACGGAGAGUGAAGAUCAACGUGGGGGGCCUCAACCACGAAGUGCUGUGGAGAACGCUGGACAGGCUGCCCAGGACGCGGCUGGGGAAGCUGCGGGACUGCAACACGCACGAGAGCCUCCUGGAGGUGUGCGAUGACUACAAUCUCAACGAGAAUGAGUAUUUCUUUGAUCGACAUCCUGGAGCCUUCACGUCCAUUUUAAAUUUCUACCGGACAGGGAAACUGCACAUGAUGGAAGAAAUGUGCGCCCUCUCUUUUGGCCAAGAGCUUGAUUACUGGGGGAUCGACGAGAUCUACUUAGAGUCCUGCUGCCAAGCCAGAUACCACCAGAAGAAAGAACAGAUGAACGAAGAACUGAGGCGGGAGGCAGAGACCAUGCGCGAGCGAGAGGGAGAAGAGUUUGAUAAUACCUGCUGCCCCGAGAAACGGAAGAAACUUUGGGACUUGCUGGAGAAACCCAACUCAUCAGUGGCCGCAAAGAUCUUGGCCAUCGUGUCGAUCUUGUUCAUCGUACUUUCCACCAUUGCUUUGUCUCUCAACACCCUCCCAGAGCUGCAGGAGACAGACGAAUUCGGACAACCCAAUGACAACCCCCAGCUAGCGCACGUGGAGGCUGUGUGUAUCGCUUGGUUUACCAUGGAGUACCUUCUGCGGUUCCUGUCCUCACCAAAUAAAUGGAAAUUCUUUAAAGGCCCACUCAAUGUCAUUGACUUGCUGGCCAUCCUACCGUACUACGUCACCAUCUUCCUCACGGAGUCCAACAAGAGCGUGCUGCAGUUCCAAAACGUGAGGCGUGUGGUCCAGAUCUUCCGGAUCAUGCGCAUCCUCAGGAUCCUGAAACUCGCGAGACAUUCAACAGGCCUGCAGUCUCUUGGGUUCACCCUCAGGCGGAGUUACAAUGAACUGGGCCUGUUGAUAUUGUUUCUGGCCAUGGGGAUAAUGAUAUUUUCCAGCUUGGUAUUUUUUGCUGAGAAGGAUGAGGAUGCUACCAAGUUUACCAGUAUCCCUGCAUCAUUUUGGUGGGCCACCAUCACCAUGACCACCGUGGGCUAUGGUGACAUUUACCCAAAAACAUUGCUAGGGAAAAUUGUGGGAGGCCUCUGCUGUAUUGCUGGGGUUCUGGUUAUCGCCCUCCCUAUCCCAAUAAUCGUGAACAAUUUUUCUGAGUUUUACAAGGAGCAGAAACGCCAAGAGAAGGCGAUUAAGAGGAGAGAGGCUCUUGAGCGGGCCAAAAGGAAUGGGAGCAUCGUUUCCAUGAACUUAAAAGAUGCCUUUGCUCGAAGUAUGGAACUGAUCGAUGUGGCUGUCGAGAAGGCCGGGGAGUCAGCCAACACGAAGGACUCAGCCGAUGACAAUCACCUGUCUCCAAGCCGGUGGAAGUGGGCCAGGAAGGCUCUGUCGGAAACAAGCUCCAACAAGUCUUACGAGAAUAAGUACCAGGAGGUUAGCCAGAAAGACUCCCACGAGCAGCUGAACAACACUUCCUCCUCCAGCCCCCAGCACCUGAGCGCCCAGAAACUGGAGAUGCUGUAUAACGAAAUCACCAAGACACAGCCCCAUUCUCACCUGAACCCGGACUGCCAAGAGCAGCCGGAGCGGCCCUCUGUGUACGAAGAAGAGAUAGAAAUGGAAGAAGUAGUGUGCCCGCAGGAGCAGCUGGCCGUGGCACAGACUGAGGUCAUCGUGGACAUGAAAAGCACCUCCAGCAUAGACAGCUUCACCAGCUGUGCCACCGACUUCACAGAGACAGAGCGCUCCCCCCUGCCGCCACCCUCUGCCUCUCACGUGCAGAUGAGGUUCCCCACUGAGCUCCCGGGGACAGAAGAGCACCAAAGAGCCAGGGCCCCUCCGUUUCUCACACUAAGCAGAGAGAAAGGGCGGGAUGCCAGGGACGCCACUCUAGAAUAUGCCCCCGGUGACAUACCUGUGAACCUUGGCCCCAGUGUGCAGUGCGGGCUACACGGCCCUUUGCAGGCUGACAGCACCACUGACAGCCCCAAGAGCUCGCUGAAAGGCAGCAACCCACUCAAGUCCAAAUCUCUCAAAGUAAACUUUCAGGAAACCAGAGGCAGUGCUCCCCAGACCCCUCCCAGCACAGCCAGGCCACUGCCAGUGACAGCAGCUGACUUUUCUCUCCCCACCCCGCAGCACAUCAGUACCAUCCUCCUGGAAGAGAGUCUCCCCCAGGGAGAGAGACCCUCGCUGGGCACUGAGGUCUCAGCACACUGCCAGGGACCUUCCAAAGGGCUGUCCCCUCGCUUUCCCAAGCAGAAACUGUUUCCUUUCUCUUCGAGAGAGAGGAGGAGCUUCACUGAAAUAGAUACCGGGGAAGAUGAAGACUUCUUGGAGCUCCAAGGGGCAAGGCCAGACAAGCAGGCGGACUCCAGCCCUAACUGCUUCGCAGACGCGCCCAGUGACGUGAGAGACCCUCUAAGAGAAGAGGGCUGUGCGGGCGCUUCUCACCCCCAGAACACGGGUCACAACUGUAGGCAAGACAUUUACCAUGCUGCUGGUGAAGUGAAAAAGGACAGUAGUCAAGAAGGGUGCAAGAUGGAAAACCACUUGUUUGCCCCAGAAAUUCAUUCCAACCCAGGAGACACGGGUUAUUGUCCCACACGAGAAACCAGCAUGUGACUAGUUACAAAAGCAAUAAUAAUAAUAAUAAUAAUAACAAAAACUUGUUUCUUAAAAGCGAUUAAUAAUGCCUGUGAACUAAACCAUGGGAAGCCCCUCCCCCCACAUAAAGCGCAUAAAAUGUUAUUUUUGCAUGGCAUGAGCAAUUUAGUUUAAGCACUGUUUAAAUAAAGAGUCAAGACUGCAUUUUGUAACAAACAAAAACAGCUGAAGAACAGUGAACCAAUAAAGAGCGCUCUAUUAGGAACCAGUACUCCGCAAUGUUUGACAUUUUUGAUCCUUUCAUUUCAAAUCGUAGGCAGAUCAAGUUGUAGCAUUUCUGUUGCAGUGCAUCUUAGGAUUUGCACAUGGAAGGAUGAAAUGUCAUUGCAUGCAUUCGUAAUCAGGAGGAGUAAGGUGCCUUUGAGCUUGCAAAAAUAUGCAUUAAGUGUAAGUAAUGGGGCCUGGAUGCGCAAGUGUCCAAGAACAUGCGGGAACGAGUUUCUGAGACACCAUACUUCCUUCCUAGCUACCGCCUGGGGGCGCUGUGCAGACUUCCUGUUGUAGAAAUGCAACCUCUUCUCAAGCCGUCUCCUACAUCUUGCUCUGGGUUGUAAAGCUCUUAUAAAAAUAUUUGUUUAAAGGAAUAUAGUAUUUUUAUUCAUUUGUGAUAUAAUUCAUAGGGUACGCGUUUCUGUUUUGCUUCCGCUUAGUUGUGGCAUUUGUGAAUGUACUUAUAAAUCAUGGAAAUGGGCAAGAUUUAAUGACCAGAUAUCACAAUAUUUGGAACUUAAGCUUGAGAUUUUGCCGUUAAAUUAUAUAUCAUGCCACAGCCUAGCACAGUAACUGCGUUUUUUAAAAACUGAACAUAUACGAAAGGUUAUAUCAUAGUGAAAAGCUUUUUUAAAAAAGGACACUAUAUUUGCAAAUUCAUUCUUUUUUAAAAAAACUGUAUUCUGGCCCUCUAAAUACAAAAACAUUUUCCUCUUAUAUUCCACAUAAACUUUUCUAACUAAAGGAAUAAAAAUGCAAAUAUGCCAAAAUGAGUGUUCCAUUAACAUGACUUUUGACAAACUAAACUAAAAGCAGGGUCGUUUCAAGAGACUGCCACCGCCCUUUAUAGACACAGUUCCAACAUGAGCGACCAUGAAAACAGGCCAGGGCCGGUGAUGGGUCACUCAGCAUUUCUCAGUGUGGGGUGGGAGGAUGGGAAGGUACUGUUAUUUGCUGAAAGAAGUGCAUCUUUUUGCAGGUGAAUUUUGCCCCAGCCACCAGUGGCUGUAGCACCCUCAAUAACUGCAGAAAAUAAAAACACUCUCUUAGGUGUGCACACACCACCCUCCCCGCAAGUGAUCAGGACUAUGUUGAAAGCUUCUUCCAGCAUUUGUUCCCUAGCGCAGUGAAAUGCAGAUGGGGGAAGGUGCUGGCUGGAGGCGGCCCUGGUGAUGAAGUCUGGGCUGGAACCUGGGUCAUCCCAUCAAACUUGAUUCUCAGGAACCCAGCCUGAGCUUGCCUAGGUGCAGGCUAGUAGAUACCUGAUCUUGGCGAAGGCCCUACAUCCCCUCUGGGUCUCAGGUUCACCCAAAUAAAAACCAAAACAAAAUUAUCUGUAAGCUCCCUUAGGACUUCCAGUUAAUGUGAUUCCCUGUCUCCCAGGAACACCCAGGCUUUGCCGCCAGGGCUCCUACUCACGUGUUCUGCUCUUGUACGUUCGCAGUUCAGUGAAGUUGAGGAAGUGCUGAGCUUAUUAAAACACGGCUUCUUGUUUAAAAGAAAGCUAUUCUGAUUUUUAUUUUAUUUUUAAAAGAAAAACAGGGAAACUAGUUCAAAUACUUAAAAUGAAUCUAACUUAAACCUUUAACAUCCUUUAUUAACAGAACCUGGUCAUUAAAUCUCAAGCUAAGCAAAAGAGUUUUGAUCUUAGUUGAACUCCAAGAGGCCCUGCUGCUACAGAUAAUUUAAAACACUGCUCUUUUUUUCACUGUGCUAAGAAUUGAAUGGUUAUCAUGUUUGUUUCAAAACAGAACCUUUAAGGGUUUAUGAUCAUUAAUCGUUGAUAUUUACAUUACUCAUACUUGAGUGUCUCAAACUAAAUGUUGAUCAGUUUUGUAAAUCUAGAGUGUUUGAAUUUUCUAUACCUAGUUUUUCAAAGUCAAGCAGGUAUAUCUGCUGUUAGAUGAAUAGCAAAUACUUUGUGAAAAUCGUGUCUUUACAUAGUCUCAUGAAGCAGUUACUUUCUGUCUCUUACAGGUGAAUCUCAAUUUUUUAAAUUCAUUUGGCAGGAUAAGUGGACUUAUCUUUUUGCCCUCCCGACUGACUAAUCCCCACCUUUCAUGCGUCUGCUAGGCCUUCUCCUGAGAACCCUGCUCAAGAAUAUCAGCAACCUUGUCCAGUUGAGGAACCCUUGACAUUCCUCUCUUGGAAGCAUUCUCUCUAAAGUGUGCUUCUUCAGUCUAAGUUCUUUGUUUCUGUUUUGAAGUUUUAAAGAAUUUUCAAAAACAUCCUAUGGAAGGAUAACCCUUUAAUUCUUCUUAAUUUCCGUGGGCCAAAACCUUUAGCUAGGGAAGAAAGAAAGGGAGGGAGGGGGAAAA